AUGUUGUCUAUCAAAGGUGUUUUUCGUAAGAUUACACUCACACGCGGAGUCUCAUCUACAAUGAAACUUUGUAGUGAAGAGUUAAACGUCCACAGAGAUAGUGAAGAUAACAAUGCCAAGACACCUUUUGAAUUCACCGAAGCCAACAUGACGAGGAUUGCCGCUUUAGUACAAAAUUAUCCAGAAGGAGCUGAAAGAGCGGCUCUUGGUGCUUGCUUGGAUAUAGCACAGCGUCAGAUCGGAUGGGUCCCGAUUUCAGCUAUGCAUAAGGUCGCUGAAAUACUAAGCGUUCCUAGAAUGAGAGUCUAUGAGUGGGCUACAUUCUAUACUAUGAACAAAAGAAGGUUCAGGGGAAAGUUCAACGUUAAAGUUUGCAUAACGACCCCUUGUAUGCUCCGUGGAUCAGACAGUAUAUUGAGCGCAGUAGAACAGGCGACCUGCUGUUGCGUUGGGAGUGUGUCCGCUGACGGCUUGUUUGGAGUUGACACAGUCCAAUGUCAAGGAGCAUGCGUCAACGCUCCCAUGAUUGUUGUUGAUGAUGACUAUUACGAAGACGUUGAUGUAUGUGAUGUUUACAACAUAAUACAGACCUUGAGAUGUGGAGGGAUUCCACCGGCGGGACCUCAAAAUGGUAGAUUUGCCUCCGAACCAGCAUGCGGCCUAACAAGCUUACAGCAGUGUCCCCCUCCGCCUGGUUGGGGAUUACAACAGGCACUAUUGAUGCCAUGCCCUUGUCCUACGGCACCAAGAUCCUAG